AUGAUCAAAACGACUCUUCUCUUGCCUCUCCUCCUCACCAUCGUGGGCGCUGUGCCCAUGAUGAACACGUGGCGGAAAUGCCUCGAGUCCACCAACAGUCCCAUCGAACAGGCCGGUAUCUUCAAGCCCGCCUACAAUACCCUCAAAGCCAACGCCGGUAGCUUCCUCGCCAGCAUCAAACACAGGAAGCUCUAG